AUGUCGAAUAACGGUCCCUACUCUACUUCGAAUGGCUGCCCAGUCUUCAAUCCCUAUGCAUCCCAGAUGAUUGGCACGCCUGGUCCCCUCCUGCUCCAGGACACCCAUCUCAUUGACUUGAUCGCCCACUUUGAUCGUGAGCGGAUCCCAGAGCGUGUUGUCCACGCAAAGGGCGCCGGUGCUUUUGGUGAGUUCGUGGUCACUGACGAUGUCACUGAUCUCACUUGUGCCGACUUCUUGUCCACCGUUGGCAAGAAAACCAAGACCUUCACCCGUUUCUCCACAGUAGGCGGUGAGUCCGGGUCUGCAGACACUGCCCGUGAUCCCCGCGGCUUUGCCACCAAGUUCUACACUGAUGAGGGCAUCAUUGACUGGGUUUACAACAACACCCCCGUGUUUUUCAUCCGAAAUCCUUCCAAGUUCCCCCUGUUUAUUCACACCCAAAAGCGUAACCCCCAGACCCAUCUCAAGGAUGCCGACAUGUUCUGGGACUACCUCGUGCAGAACCCCGAGGCAAUUCACCAGCUAAUGAUUCUUUUCUCUGACCGUGGUACUCCCGAUGGUGUCCGUUUCAUGAACGGUUACUCUGGCCACACCUACAAGUGGGUCAAGAAGGACGGCUCGUUCAACUACGUUCAGAUCCACAUGAUCACCGACCAGGGAAUCAAAAACCUCAACAACGAGGAGGCUCUCAAGUUGGCUGGCGAGAAUCCUGACCACUCACAGCAGGAUCUGUUUGAAAGCAUCCAGAAGGGCGAAUACCCCUCGUGGACUUGUUACGUCCAGGUCAUGACUCCUGAGCAGGCCGAGAAGCUCGACUUCAGUAUCUUCGACUUGACCAAGGUGUGGUCUCACAAGGACUUCCCUCUCCGUCGUUUCGGCAAACUAACUUUGAACAAGAACCCUGACAACUACUUUGCUGAUGUCGAACAAGCUGCCUUCUCUCCCUCCAAUACCGUCCCUGGCUGGGAGAGCUCUGCCGACCCUGUUCUGCAGUCUCGUUUGUUCUCCUACCCGGACACCCACCGCCACCGUCUUGGUGCCAACUUCUAUCAAAUCCCCGUCAACAAGUGCCCCGUUAUGCACAACCCCUUCAUGCGUGACGGCCCCAUGUGCGUUGAUGGAAACAGCGGCAGUGAGCCCAAUUACCCUUCUUCUUUCAAGCCUUUGAACUACUCCAAGGGCCCCGCCCUUGCUGGUGUUUCUGAUCACGAGAAGUGGGUUGGAACUGCCACCGCCUUCCACUGGAGCGCUACCGACGCCGAGUUCAAGCAGGCUACCGCUCUCUGGAACGUCUUCGGAAAGACCGGACAGCAGGAUGCCUUGGUCCACAACGUUGUGGCUCAUGCCUCCAAUAUCAAGAGUGCUGAGCUCAAGAAGGCUGUCGUCGACAUGUUCGGCAAGGUCUCUCCUGAACUUGGCAAGCGUCUCGGCGCUGAACUUUAA